AUGAAUUUCAAGUCAUCAUUUCUGAACAUUUAUAAUAAAAGAACAAUUGAAUCGACUAAUGCAAGUAAAAAUGGAUUAGCGCAUUCCAUCUCAGAGGUGAAGCACCCCUUUAAAAAACAAUUAAACGAUAAAAAGCCAUCGACAGAUAAAAGACAAUCGAGAUCGAACUCUCCAACAAGAAGGAAUAGGUUGGGUAACAACCAGCAUUUCCAAUUCUCUGAGGAAUUAAAGUCCACUUUAACCAAAAGUGGUGAGGAAAAAAUACUAUCAUUACAAACAGAUGUUGAACCAUUCCUCAGUUUACCAACUCCAACUACACCAGAUAGGAAACCGCGCGUGAUCAGUUUCUUGCCAACUCCUCAAUCAUUGGAGAAAAAUUUCACAGACUUGGUCAUCACCCAACACAUCAAUAGGGCCCACCCCAUAUUCCAAAUUCCCGAGAUCCUGGAAAACAUAUUGCGUCAAGUAGACGAGGGAUCUCGUUUCAAUUGUAUGCUCGUCAAUAGGCUAUGGUCUCGCGUCAGUUUCCCGAUCUUGAGCAGAACCCCCGUAUUCUCCAGCGUCGUUAAAGUGCAACUAUUUUUCCAACUGACACAAAGAACAACUUUGUUUAAAGUUGAAACGAUGACACUGAAUAAAAUAAUGCAAUCUUACCCCAUGAGGAAACGUGAAGUAGAUUUUUUUUUCCUUAGUGACUUGAAGGCUCUCAAAAUCCACAUAUGUCCACAAUUCAGAUUGCCGAUACACUGUUUCAGCAGUAUGAAAAGGUUGGAAGAAAUUACUAUAACCGGGAACAAAGCAAUUGACGACAACUACUUGCUAAAGAUUUCCCCAUUUUUGAAAAAUUUGAAGCACCUUGACCUAAGGGCAUGCGAUAAUAUCAGUGAUAUUGGCAUUGUUUCCAUUGCAAUAAACUGUCCACUGUUACAGACAAUCAACGUAGGUAGACACAAGAACGGGUGGAAGAUAACGGAUAUAUCCGUGGUUGCACUGGGCAAAUACACAAACGUAGAAACUGUUGGUGUUGCUGGAUGCCAUAUUACAGACACCGGUAUCUGGGAAUUCGCCAAAUCAAACGGACACAACAUAAGAAGACUUUCGUUGAACAAUUGCGAACUGCUAACCGAUUUCUCAGUGCCUUGCCUUUUGGGUUUCAAUUAUUUCCCCAACAUCAGCGUUUUGGAGAUGAGAAAUUUGUCUAAAAUCAAAGACGUCAAGUUUAUUGUCAAGUUUAAGUUGUGGCAGAAGUCUCAGGGGAAGCCGCUACUCUUGGAAACAUGCGAUAGAUUGAACGCAUUGAUUAGCAAAGAAGAGGAGGAUAUGAGAAAAUUGAGCUGCAUUAUGUCUCUACGCGAUAUGACGUCGUGGGUCAAUCAGGACGACAGCUUAACAGGGUGA